AUGAGUGAAGGUCAAGUGGAAAUAGUGGAUACUGCUGCUGCUGUUAAAGAUGUUGAAUUGUCCAAAGAAAGCAGUACAAUUGAGUCUCCAGAAGUAAAGGUACAAUCUAGUCCUUCAGAAACAUCAUUAAUUGAAACCAAUACAUCAGAUCAACAGAUUGAUGAUAUUUUAAAAGAAGUUGAAGUAAUUAGACUUAAUAAAGAGAAUGAUAUUCCAUAUAAAGUUAAGAUUGAAGAAUCUAACCAAUCAACACCAAAUACAACUAUUCUUUCAACACAACAACAUGAAGAUGAUGGUAAUAGUCCUGUAACCAUAGAUUCUUCAUUAUCCCAAUCACCUCCUCCACCUCCACCACAUAAAACAUCAGAAGAACAAUCAAAACAAGUGUCACUACCAAUUGAAAAAUUAGAUCCUAAUGAAAUUUCACAACCUAUUGAACCAUCAAAACCUAAAGCUAAUAUACCAAAUUCAGUAUCCCAAGCAUUAUUUAGUCAACCUUUAAAAGUUAAUAAAAUUCGUUCUAAAUCACCAACACCAAAAUUCAUUGGAUUAAAGAAACCUGAUGAUCCACAAGCAAAUAAAAGAUUUGAAAAUUUACAAAAAAAUGAAGAUGAAUUAACUAAAAAAAUUAAUAAAUUAAAUAAAGAAAUUGAUUAUUUGAAAAAACUUGUUGAUACAGCAAGUGUUACUGCAGAUUUAAAUGAAUUAAGAAAAUUAAAAUAUGCAAUUGAAAAAUUAGAAGAAUAUUUAGAUAAAAAACAAAAAGAAAAAUAUGAAGUUGGUAUUCAAAUAACAAGAGCUGUUCGUAGAAGAGUUGAUAGUGGGGAAAGUGGUGAAUUUUGGGUAAACUGA